GCCAGCGUAAUUGGCAUUAAAAUGAUUUUUGUUCCCAAAAUCAUUGGCAGAUGGCAUUGUAACCAGGGUAUUAUAAGGAAAAGAAAUCCGUUCUGGCAAAAACACGCCAUCAUAUCCUGGGUGGUAUUACAACCAGGGGCGUUAUAUCCAAGGGAUACUGUACUUUGAGCAGUGGUGCCUUAUUGACAUCAGCGAGGAUGUAAUUUGAAGGCAGUUCCAGUUACACUGUACUAUACUUGACUUUUCGUGGAAUGCAAUUGAACACAUUUUAAGCAGGAGCCUUGUUCAUUUUCACAUUCUAAAACUGCACAAACACGAGGAUCCAAUAAAGAGGCAGUUAAUGUUAAUCUAUAUUUUCAGCAGGUCUUCCUGGAGAUCAUAUUACCACGGUGGCAUCCUUCACAUCAAGGAAGGGCUUCUUCAUAACGACGUCACAACCAGACAAGGAGGAACUAUGGAAUCAGAUGUAUAACAGCGAUUCGCACACAUUGAUCACGUUGGCUGUAGAAAACCAGAUCUUCCUUCCGUCGAUGGACAGUCCUGUCUCCACAUCAAGGCUGACAGCAAGCCUGCAAACAUCUAAAGUUAUAUCUAAUGAUGUUAUCCUGAACUCUAUUGAUCUCACAGUAAAUGAUGCUGACGUCACCACAACAAUUCAACACUAUCAUGUGACCGGAAGUACACAUGAUCCAAGUGUCAGUCUGUUGAUUGACAGCUUCCUUACAUGGAUGAGUGACCCACAGAGAUGUUCCUGCACAAUCAUGUCUCACUCUGUGAGCGAGGCACGGUUCUUGGUCCUUUUGGUGAACAUCGCCAGCAGACUGCAGGACGACAGCAGGGUGGACGUUAUCAGCAACAUGCGACGCCUACACUCAACUCUCGGUGUACCUCCAUUCUCUCAGGAGGAUGUUCGCCGGUGUCUGGAGUUUGCACAAGGACGACUGGAAUCUCUUGGACUCUAUGCUAACCUGUAAAGCAUUGUCAUUCAUGGUAGCAUUGUGCAAUAUCAUUUCAAUAUUGUACCUGA